AUGGAGCCGUGCCCCGAGCCGGGUCAAGUGAUUCUACAACGGUUCGGCAAUUCCUCACACUAUUACGAGAUCAACGGAACUGAGCUGAGCUAUGGGAAGACCGAACUACCCGAAGGUGUUUACCAGGUGACGUCCAAUACAGCCAGUGAUCUGCCAAAUGUUCAGCUGAAUUUAUCGGGUGCUGCAUCCGGAUAUGUUCUUGGAUUGUUCGAUUCGCCACUGAACAGGCUGGUGUUCAUGUUUUGGUCAUCACAGUCGCGCUGGUUCCAAACACCGCCGGACUUUCCACGCUAG